UGAACUCCUCUCUGGUGAUUCUCUGGUUCUCGCCGCGGUCCACCUUGUUGAAGAUCUCCAGGACCUUGAUCUUGCGGCCAUGCAGUAUAUACGACCUCGCAUUUAAGCCUGAUGGAACUCAACUGAUUUUGGCUGCAGGAAACAGAUUACUGGUUUAUGACACAUCUGAUGGCACCUUACUUCAGCCCCUCAAGGGACACAAAGACACUGUGUACUGUGUGGCAUAUGCAAAGGAUGGUCAGCGCUUUGCUUCUGGAUCAGCUGACAAAAGUGUUAUUAUCUGGACAUCAAAACUGGAAGGCAUUCUGAAGUACACGCACAAUGAUUCUAUACAAUGUGUCUCCUACAAUCCUGUUACCCACCAACUGGCAUCUUGUUCCUCCAAUGACUUUGGAUUGUGGUCUCAUGAACAAAAGUCUGUCUCCAAGCACAAAGCAAGCAGCAAGAUCACCUGCUGCAGCUGGACAAAUGACGGUCAGUACCUGGCUCUGGGGAUGUUCAAUGGGAUCAUCAGCAUUCGGAACAAAAAUGGCGAGGAGAAAGUGAAGAUUGAGCGGCCAGGGGGCUCCCUCUCCCCAAUAUGGUCCAUCUCCUGGAACCCUUCAAGCCGGUGGGAGAAUUUCUGGAUGAACAGAGAGAACGAGGAUGCCGAGGAAGUCAUUGUCAACAGAUAUUUUCAGGAAAUCCCUUCCACUCUGAAGUCAACAGUAUACAGUAGUCAGGGUAGUGAGGCAGAGGAGGAAGAGCCAGAGGAAGAGGACGACAGUCCCAGGGACGACAACUUAGAGGAACAUAAUGAUAUCAUGGCUGUAGCUGACUGGGGACAGAAACUUUCCUUCUACCAACUGAGUGGAAAACAGAUUGGGAAGGAUCGGUCACUGAAUUUUGACCCCUGCUGCGUCAGCUACUUUAGUAAAGGGGAGUACAUCUUGCUGGGGGGGUCAGACAAGCAAGUAUCUCUUUUCACCAAGGAUGGAGUUCGGCUUGGGACUGUUGGGGAGCAGAACUCCUGGGUGUGGACGUGUAAAGUGAAACCCGAAUCCAACUAUGUGGUGGUAGGCUGCCAGGACGGCACGAUUUCCUUCUACCAGCUUGUUUUCAGUACAGUCCAUGGGCUCUACAAGAACCGGUAUGCCUACAGGGAUAGUAUGACUGAUGUCAUUGUGCAGCACCUGAUCACUGAGCAGAAAGUUCGGAUUAAAUGCAAAGAGCUUGUCAAGAAAAUUGCCAUCUACAAAAAUCGAUUAGCUAUCCAACUGCCAGAGAAAAUCCUCAUAUAUGAGUUGUAUUCAGAUGACUCAUCAGACAUGCAUUACCGGGUAAAGGAGAAGAUUGUCAAGAAGUUCGAAUGCAACCUCCUGGUGGUGUGUGCCAAUCACAUCAUCCUCUGCCAGGAGAAACGGCUGCAGUGCCUGUCCUUCAAUGGAGUGAAGGAGCGAGAGUGGCAGAUGGAGUCUCUCAUUCGUUACAUUAAGGUGAUUGGUGGCCCUCCUGGAAGAGAAGGUCUAUUAGUGGGCCUGAAGAAUGGGCAGAUACUAAAGAUUUUUGUGGACAAUCUCUUCGCUAUCGUCCUGCUGAAGCAGGCCACAGCCGUGCGCUGCUUGGACAUGAAUGCCUCCCGUAACAAGCUGGCUGUGGUAGAUGAAAACGACACAUGCCUGGUGUAUGACAUCCACACCAAGGAGCUGCUUUUUCAGGAACCAAACGCCAACAGCGUGGCCUGGAACACCCAGUGUGAGGACAUGCUCUGCUUCUCAGGAGGAGGCUACCUCAACAUCAAAGCUAGCACCUUCCCCGUGCACCAGCAGAAGCUGCAGGGCUUUGUGGUCGGCUACAAUGGUUCCAAGAUCUUCUGCCUCCACGUCUUCUCCAUGUCAGCUGUGGAGGUGCCACAGUCUGCUCCGAUGUACCAGUACCUGGAUAGGAAAAUGUUCAAAGAAGCCUACCAGAUUGCUUGCUUAGGUGUGACAGACACUGAUUGGCGUGAGCUGGCCAUGGAAGCUCUAGAGGGAUUAGAGUUUGAAACAGCAAAAAAGGCCUUCACAAGAGUGCAAGACCUCCGAUAUUUAGAGCUCAUCACCAGCAUUGAGGAGAGGAAGAAGCGGGGAGAAACCAACAAUGACCUGUUUCUGGCAGAUGUGUUUUCCUACCAGGGGAAGUUCCAUGAGGCUGCCAAACUGUACAAGAGGAGUGGGCAUGAGAACCUCGCACUCGACAUGUACACUGACCUCUGCAUGUUUGAGUAUGCCAAGGAUUUCCUUGGAUCUGGAGACCCCAAAGAGACAAAGAUGCUAAUCACCAAACAGGCUGACUGGGCCAGAAAUAUCAAUGAGCCCAAAGCUGCUGUGGAGAUGUACAUCUCAGCAGGAGAGCAUGUCAAGGCCAUCCAGAUCAGUGGCGACCAUGGCUGGGUUGACAUGUUGAUUGACAUUGCCCGUAGGCUGGACAAGGCUGAGCGUGAGCCUCUGCUGCUGUGUGCUGACUACUUCAAGAAGCUAGAUAACUCUGGCUAUGCUGCGGAGACCUACCUGAAGAUCGGAGACCUGCAGUCCUUGGUGCAGCUGCAUGUGGAGACUCAGCGCUGGGAUGAGGUGAGAGGAAAACACGCUUCAUGGGUUUGGGGCUCCACCUGGUGGCAAAAUAUGACAUCCCUAAUGAAUUCAGCCAAGUGCCAUGUUUUCAUGGGGGCUGCAGAAGCAUCCGAGUUGAAGGUUGACAUCUACGUGCCUUACGCUCAGUGGCUAGCAGAGAAUGAUCGUUUUGAGGAAGCCCAGAAAGCAUUCCACAAGGCCGGGCGGCAGGGAGAAGCAGUCAGGGUGCUGGAGCAGCUCACACACAAUGCUGUGGUGGAGAGCAGGUUUAAUGACGCCGCCUAUUAUUACUGGAUGCUGUCUAUGCAGUGCCUUGAUAUAGCUCAAGAUCCUGCCCAGAAGGAUGCGAUGCUCGGCAAGUUCCACCACUUCCAGCACUUGGCUGAGCUGUACCAUGGCUACCACGCCAUUCAGCGGUACACGGAGGAGCCGUUCAGUUUCCAUCUUCCUGAAACCCUUUUCAACAUCUCCAGGUUCCUGCUGCACAGCCUGACCAAGGACACCCCCUUGGGCAUCUCUAAAGUGAACACGCUGUUCACCCUGGCCAAGCAGAGCAAGGCCUUGGGUGCCUACAAGCUGGCCCGGCAUGCCUACGACAAGCUGCAGGGCCUGCAGAUCCCUGCGAGGUUCCAGAAGUCCAUCGAGCUGGGCAGCCUGACCAUCCGCUCCAAGCCCUUCCACGACAGUGAGGAGCUGGUGCCCUUGUGCUACCGCUGCUCCACCAACAACCCAUUGCUUAACAACCUGGGCAACGUGUGCAUCAACUGCCGCCAGCCCUUCGUCUUCUCUGCCUCUUCCUACGAGGUGCUGCACCUGGUUGAGUUCUACCUGGAGGAGGGGAUCACUGAUGAAGAAGCCGUCUCCCUCAUUGACCUGGAGGCACCAAGACCCAAGCGGGAGAACAAAUGGCAAGAAAUUGCGAGCAACAAUUCCCAGACCCUACGGCUGGAUGAGACCGUGGACUCCAUGGGAGACGAUGACCCAUUCACGGCAAAGCUGAGCUUUGAGCAGGGUGGCUCGGAGUUCGUGCCUGUGGUGGUGAGCCGGUCGGUGCUGCGCUCCAUGAGCCGCCGGGACGUCCUCAUCAAGCGCUGGCCGCCGCCCCUGCGGUGGCAGUACUUCCGCUCGCUGCUGCCUGAUGCCUCCAUCACCAUGUGCCCCUCCUGCUUCCAGAUGUUCCACUCGGAGGACUACGAGCUGCUGGUGCUGCAGCACACCUGCUGCCCCUACUGCCGCAGGCCCAUCGACGACCCCGGCCCCUGACCGGCGCGGCGCCAGCGCUCCUCCGGCCGCCUUGCCGUCCGCUGGGCUACGGAGGAGAAGAAAGAGUUAAGCUGUCAGAAUGUGUCUUCUGCCCAGAUGAAGUUUGUAUUUUAGGGAGGGGCCUUGUGUAACCACGGAAUUCCUAUUUAUGGCAUUUCAUGCCUUGUAAAUAGCACCAGGAGAUGGGGAAGGGAAUGUACAUAUCUUUUCUAAGAAAAAAAAUCUGUUACUUGCAGAACGGCUCCAAGUUGUUCGUGGCAGCCUGCUGGAGUCCACAGAUCUGUCAGACCGUUAACACGUAUACUUUGCCAACAGAUUGCCUCAAUAAUGACAAAUAAAAGGGCUACUUAUUUUCA